GCCUUGUCUUUCUUUGGGGCAGAUGGUGGAGCACAGACAAGCAUUUACAACGCGGUAUAUAAUGUGACUGCUGAGGGCCGUGGUGAGGUUUCCUCUUCCGCUCUUCAUUGAGGUCCAAGGGAACUGCGAGAGGCUUCGGAAAUCCUGCCCAAUGGACCCCAAACUGGGAAGAAUGGCGUCAGCUCUCCUUGCUCUUCUGCUGCUGCUUUUGGGAGGCAUGUCUUCUCCAUCCUCACCCCACGCCGGGCUGGUCGAGAAGGUCUUCCGGUACAUGGAUCUCCAUCAGGAUGAAUUUGUGCAGAGGCUGAAGGAGUGGGUGGCCAUUGAGAGUGACUCCGUUCAACCUGUGCCUCGCCUCCGACAAGAGCUCUUCAGGAUGAUGGCCCUGGUCGCAGAGGAGCUCCGGCGCCUGGGGGCCAGCGUGGACCUCAAGGACUUGGGCUCUCAGCAGCUGCCUGAUGGCCAGACUCUCCCGAUACCUCCUGUCAUCCUGGCUGAGCUGGGGAAUGAGCCAGGGAAACCCACCGUGUGCUUCUACGGCCACCUGGACGUGCAGCCGGCCACACAGGCCGAUGGGUGGCUCACUGACCCUUACACGCUGACGGAAGUGGAUGGAAAACUUUAUGGACGAGGAGCGACAGACAACAAAGGGCCUGUUUUGGCGUGGAUUAAUGCUAUGAGCGCAUUCCGAGCCCUGGAGGAAGAUCUCCCCGUGAACAUCAAGGUGAUCAUUGAAGGAAUGGAAGAAGCCGGCUCUGUGGCCCUGGAGGAACUUGUCAAGAGAGAGAAGGACAGGUUCUUUUCCAGCGUGGACUACAUUGUGAUUUCCGAUAACCUGUGGCUGAGCCAGAGGAGGCCAGCACUCAUUUACGGAACUCGAGGGAACAGCUACUUCGCGGUGGAGGUGACAUGCAGAGAUCAAGAUUUUCAUUCAGGCACCUUUGGUGGCAUCCUUCAUGAGCCAAUGGCUGAUUUGGUGGCUCUUCUCGGUAGCCUCACGGACUCUGCUGGUCACAUUCUGAUCCCUGGGAUUUAUGACCAAGUGGCUCCUCUCACAGAAGAGGAGAAAGACCUGUACGGCGCCAUCGACCUGGAGCUAGAAGAAUACCGGAACAGCAGCCGGGUUAAGAAAUUCCUGUUCAACACCAAGGAGGAAAUUCUGAUGCACCUAUGGAGGUACCCUUCUCUUUCCAUCCAUGGGAUCGAGGGCGCAUUCGAUGAGCCCGGAACUAAAACAGUCAUACCUGGCCGAGUUAUAGGAAAAUUUUCCAUCCGCCUGGUCCCUCACAUGAAUACAUCUGUGGUGGAAAAACAGGUGCAACAGCAUCUCCAGUAUAUAUUCUCCCAAAGAAAUAGUUCCAACCAGAUGGAUGUUUCCAUGGUGCUGGGACUGCACCCGUGGAUCGCAGAUAUUAAAGAUCAUCAGUAUCUUGCAGCAAAAAGAGCCAUCAAAACAGUGUUUGGAACAGAGCCAGAUAUGAUCCGGGAUGGAUCAACCAUACCAAUUGCCAAAAUAUUCCAGGAUAUUAUCCAGAAGAGUGUGCUGAUGCUUCCGUUGGGUGCUGUUGACGAUGGGGAGCACUCUCAGAAUGAGAAAAUCAACAGGUGGAACUACAUAGAAGGAUCCAAAUUGUUUGCUGCCUUUUUCCUAGAGGUGGCUCAGCUGCAUGAAUAAUGGCAGGAACCUUCUAGCUCAGGUCUGACCUGCUAACACCCUGGACAGGAAAGGAAUCUCAAUAUCCAGAGAAUUUCAGUCCAGAAAGUAAUGUUUUCCCUCCCAUUUAAAAUAUCUUUAGACAUUUGGACCAAUAAGUAUAGACAUUGGGAAUGGUCUAAUGUCCCAUAGCAAGCCUUUCUAAAGUCACAGCUUCCUUCACCAACCUGAUCUCCCCAAGUUCAGCUGCAGUAUCCCAGGACUGGACCUCCCUUCACAAUGAUUGACGUAGUCACUCUAGCUUGCUUUCUAGGUCUGGAAGUACUCAUGACACAUAAUCAUUCCAUGCAGUGACUAUCAGUACUCACCCCACCCUUGCUUGUACCACAUUUUCCUUUUAUCUUAUUAAUAAAGACCUUGGUCUCCACCACUGACUACCAUGAUUUCCCUGUGGGUUCAUUUUUAAAGGAGUUACUAGAGCAUGAUACUAUGUUAACCUCUUGCUUCCCCUUCAUUUAUUUUUCCUGCUCUGAAAAGUUCUGAAAUAGAAAUGAUCAAUAUGCAUAGCCUCAUGUCACUUGGGAUUUCUUGUGUGAGGAUGAGUACUUUUUUAUCCCAAGCCCCUUUACCUUUGUUGUGACGGAUGCCAGCAGGCCACCUGAUUUCUGUUCUUUUUUUCUCCCCAUCAGGAAAGGCCCGCUCAGGCUCUCCAACGCCUGUGCAUAUGUAAAUUUGCUACAGCAGAAUCAAUCCUGAUAGAAGUUUACUCAGCCCAUUGGAAUUUUACUCAAUGACUACAUUUAAAUUGCUCAAAGCUUUUAAUAGCAUCAGUGAUAGAUAGAGAACUAAUCAACCCUGACAUCAGUAACACACUCUAUAUUUAAAGCCAUCAGCUAGUGUGCAUCCAUUAAUCAUUUCAGUUAACCAUCUUGUUUGCUUGAUUGGAUUUGAUGGUGUACACAAACAAACAAGAAUGUAAUUUUUCUAAGGCUGAGUAUGUAAACAAAUCAAUUCAAUCUUUAUGAAUUCAUUAUCUAAAUCACAUUAAUGGAGAAGAAUUUAAGGGUUUAUUAAAAACGUUUCUCUUGUGAUUCAAAAUAAAACCAAAGCAUAAGGCA